AUGCUGUGGACUGAAUUCCUGUUUUUUGUUUGGUAACUGAAACUGAAACUGGAGUGCUAAAAGCAUGGCUGCUGGCAAACUGUUACAUGAUCUAGCUGAAGAUUUAUUGUGUUCAAUUUGUCUGGAUUUGUUUAAAGAGGCUGUAAUGCUGAAAUGUGGACAUAGUUUUUGUAAGUCCUGCAUAGAUAAAACCUGGGAUAGCCAGAAAAGGCCCUCUUGUCCUGAAUGCAGACAGGCAUUCCCAUCUAAAAAGUACACAAUGAACUGGCAGUUAUGCAAAGCUGUAGAGAGUAAUCGGAGAUCCCGACAGUAUGAGAAAGAAGAAAUACCAAAUCAGGAGCAAGAAACUCAAAACCUGCUUGGGUCACACGAAUGCUCAGAGCACAAAGAGGUGUUGAAAGGGUUCUGUCAACACGAUGGAUGUCCUGUGUGUGUUAUCUGCAUGAUGUCAUCUGCACAUAAAGGGCACACAUUCCUGCCCAUACUGGAAGCAGCCAGCAAGUUUCAGGACAAGCUGAAAAGUACUGUAUCUUCUCUAGAGGUGAAAGCGAAAUAUCUCAAAAAGUGUCAAAGCAAGCAGGAACAGAACAUCUCUGGCAUCAAGAUUGCUGUCUUCCAGAAUGAAGCCCAGAACUUGGAACAGCACAUUACAUCAGAAUUUGCCAAGCUGCGACAGUUUCUCCAGGACAAGGAACAACAGCUGGUCCAACAGCUCAAGAAGGAAGCUGCAGGAAUUCUGGAAAAGAUGACAGAAAACUUAGAGAAAAUUGAAGAAAUGAACAAGGCUAUUCAGAAGGAUAAAUCCAACAUUGAAUCAACAUUGCAGCAGGAAGACUCUGUACAUCUUCUCAAAGGCAUCACAGAUGAAAUAAAAAGCGUCAUGAAAAGACUAGAAGAGGAAGAGAAGGAAGACAUACAAAGGAAAAAGAGGAAAGGUGUAUUUAAUGGUGAACUGAUUUCUGGCAGCCUAAGUCUUGGGGUAUACAGAGGCCCCCUGCAAUACAGCAUUUGGAAAGAAAUGCAGUCUGUCAUCAAGCCAGGCCUGUCUCAUCUGACCUUGGACCCUAUCACAGCAAAUCCUAGGCUCACACUGUCUGACGACUUUACCAGUUUGAAGCAUGGGAGUGCAAAAUGGCGCCCUGAAAACCCUAAAAGAUAUGAUUCAUAUCUCUCUGCACUGGGAUGGCAGGGCUUCACAUCAGGAAGACACUACUGGGAAGUGGAGGUGGGUUGCACUACUGAGUGGGAAUUAGGUGUUACCAGAGAGUCCAGCAACAGGAAGGGAUUAGUUGCAAUGAAACCAAAGGAUGGAUACUGGGUAAUAUCUCUGUGGAAUGAGAUGGACUGGUCCCUGCAUUCGUCAGACCAGCUUCUCAGACUAAGUGUGAAGCCACGAAAGAUUGGAGUGUACCUGGACUAUGAGGGAGGUCAGGUGUCAUUUUACAGUGCAGAUAACAUGUCCCACAUCUACACCUUUACUGAUACUUUCACAGAGACACUUUACCCUUAUUUUGGGAUUGGUUGUUAUUCAAAACCACUAAACCUAUUUCACCUAAAACUGUAAUGAUUAUUUGUACACACCAAUGUUUAUUGGAAGGAAACUGAUGUAUCCAAAUGUCUAUAAAAUACAUUUUAGUCACUGUAUAACAAAGUAAAAACAUACCUAUCUCAGAACUGUUAUAAUGGUGCCAUGUACACAGUAAAAUUAUAUUUAGAAGAGAGAGAUAUUAGCAGAUAAUUCAACAGCUGCAUGAAUUUAAUUCAUUGUACUGCACUCCUAAUACACAAGUGUUAUUUACUUCCAGGAGGGUGAAGCAACAUUUUUGUACGACUCCUAAUAGAAAAUUGCAUUCCCUCCAUGUAAAAGUAUGAACAUUAUAUGCAUCACUGCAUACGAACAUUGUUGCUGCCAAAAUAUUUUAUGGGCAAAGUUGUGGUGCUUAUUUAAGUAAUACGUAUGCAGUGUCUGCUUGUGGAGCCAAUUGUUUGGGAAAAGCAUCAUGGUUAAACUUGUAUGAGAGCAUUUGCAUGAUAUACAUAAGAAAGGAAGUAAAGACAGAUUGUUAGGACAUAUGCAGUCACAAAUUUCAACUCAGUACUCCUUGGCAGCAAGUUGAAAUUGUAGUACUUUACCUAGAUAUCAGUUAGUGUUUGCUCUGAAUUUUCUCCAACAUUCUAGACUUUUAAACUUGAUGAAAAGCUACAAACCCCUGCUUAAUGAAGUAUUUACUAAAUGUUAUUGUAAAAUAUCGUAGCUGUUUUCAGCUUAAGAAGAAUGUCUUACAACUUCUGCUAAGUUUUGAUUAUCCAUAACUUCAUUACCUGUUGUAUCUUAUGAGUAAAGUGCCAAACAAAAAUAAAACAUUACUUUUCUA